CGCCGCGGGGUCUUAUAUAAAAAAUAAUUAAUAAUUGAGCGAGCGAGGAAAAGGAGAAAAAGGAAAGCGGAAAUGGCCGGCGGCUUCGCUCUUAUGCGCGGCAAUUAUGUUAAGUGGCCAAUUAGCAAUUAACCAGGGAGCCGAGCCGAGCGGCCCCUUAAUUGCGCCUGGGAAGAAGGUGGUGGCGGGGGUGGAGCGACCGAGUGAACGGGAGGAAGUGCAAGGUGCAUACGCAUCCCGUGAAUAUCUGUCUCACGCGCCAUUUACUCCAGAUUUGCGCCGGGAGCGAUCGCUCGGCCGAAUUGCUCGCGUGCUUGGACCUUGGCGGACGGUCGCGGACGGUCCUGAUACUGGAGCGACAUGUCGUACAUGGAGCGAAUCUCCGAGUAUCUUCUGAUUUACUGAGACCCUGGCGACGAGUGCGUUCGUGUCCUCGGCACGGCGCGCGCGCGCGCGCGCGCGCGAACGAAACGCUUCCCUUCGACGUUCGCAGCAUCGCGCGUCGGAAAAAGCCAGCACAGACUCCAUCUCCGGGAUCAACGCUUGCCGAAAUGCCGGAUGAGGCGCUCGUCGGGCACGCACGAGGGGAGAAGUGAGUCGAAGGGAGCGGCGGGCGGACUAGCGGGAAUACAGUGAAGUGAAAUUGACACACAGUGACAGAGAGAGAGAGAGAGGGCACGAAUUCCUGGCGCAGGCUACGUCGUCACCGUCGGCAAGAUUCUGUCUCCCAGGUACCGGGCGAGUCCUGGGGUGGCGACAGAGGCACCUGCAGGUGCCCGUAGCCCGAAGGAACCACCUGCGUCUACCGUGAUGACGGUCCAUCAUCAGCAGAACCACCACGUGGCCGCUCUCAGUGGCGUCGCCGUGGCCAAUAACGGACUGAAUCUCAGCAGGAUGUCCGGCCUGGAGGCUCACCGGCUGGAGAACAUCGUCGACCGGAACGGCGUCGCCGUCGAGCGUCUGUCCAACGGUCUGGACUCGCGGAACAACAAUCUGAAUAAUAACAACGGCCUGGAGAGGGGCGACGCCUCGACGACGAUGCCGCAGAGAUCGAGGUUUAUGAUCACCGACAUCCUGGGCGGCGCGUCCAGCAAGAUGCACCAGACCGGACUGCCUAGCCAAGAGCCACCCGGAAGUCCACCCUCGACGCCGCGAGACCUCAGUGUCAGGCAUCAGUCCAGAACGUCCUUGAGCAAUAGCAAUCUGGACGAGGACAGCGACGCCAGUCACCACGACGGCGCUUCCGUUACUUCCAAUGGUGGCAAAGAGGACGACCCUAAAAGCUCGUCCUCGAGUUCCCUGGGUUCCGCGCAAAGUAAGAAGCAGCGUAAAGCGCGCACUGCUUUCACGGAUCACCAGCUUCAGACCCUCGAGAAGAGCUUCGAGCGGCAAAAGUACCUGAGCGUUCAGGACAGAAUGGAGCUAGCGGCGAAACUGCAGCUGACGGACACACAAGUGAAAACGUGGUAUCAAAACAGGAGAACGAAAUGGAAGCGACAGACGAUCGUGGGCUUCGAGAUCAUGGCCGAGAACAACUUCGCCGUAGCGGCCUUCCAGCAGCUGUACGGCAGCGGCGCGGCGACCAUACCUGCGCAUCCCGCCGCCGGGCGCUACUGGCAGUAUCCUGGCGCGCACACGUUACCUACGAACGGGUUCUUCUACCAGCAGGCCUCGGCGGCGGCGACCUUGCAGAAACCGCUUCCCUACCGGCUGUAUCCGCCCACGAUGAUCCUAGCGGGGCCGAGCAAUCCUCUGGGCUCUUUGACGGCGAGCUCCAGCCUGUCCUCCCUCAGCAACUACUACAGAGACAGCCCUGAAAUGGCCGACGGCCGGGACUCCUCGAGGAAGAGGGAGAGGAGCAAGAGUCCAGAGUCGAGGGACAGAUCGCCGGCCAGGAAGUCGGCGAGAUUGUACCCGUUGCCGAUGAUGCAGCCGGGCCCCAGCAAUCCCCUCGGCAGCCUCACGGCAACGUCCAACCUGCCCAACAUGAACAGCUACUACAGGGACAGCCCGGAGCUGGUGGACGGCAGGGAGAACAUGGACAGGUCGAGGAAGCAGGAGAGGAGCAAGAGCCCGGACUCGAGCGACAGGUCACCUCUGAGGAAGGACGCGCGGGCCUACCCCUCAACGAUGAUCCAAGCGGGUCCUAGCAACCCUCUCGGUCCUCUCGCCGCUGCCGGCGCGAAUCUACCGAACUUGAAUAACUACUACAGAGAAAGCCCGGAGAUAGUGGACAGUAGGGAAGGCAUGAACCGGCCGCGGCAACGGGAGAGGAGCCAGAGCCAGGACAGAUCACCCAUGCAGAGGGAAGACAGUCCUCGGAGCGUAAGGGCCGACAGCGACGAAGAGAGCAUACACGAUAUCUAGGACAUGGAGGUUCCUUGUGCCGCCAAUGGCGUGUCUGAGACGCUACACUGUGACUAUGAGGAGGAGGAGGAGGAGAAGGACAAGUGCGUCGAGCAGGAUUAGGAAAUGCAGCGACGAGAUCUCUUCUCGCGAUCACGAUGAACAAUGUCAACAUUUUACAAGGACUUUUCGAAGGAAGAGGGAGGGGCUUCGCCUUUUGGAAGAUCCUCGGGCAGCUAUCAAAGUCUAAGGGAGCUAUCAAAGUCUAAGGGAGUGGAGGAAGAACCUGAAGAAAGGACCCUGUGCACGAUCAUCGCGACGCGACAUCGAGAUCAAUUCAGCGCGCUGGCGAUUCCACACGAGAUAACGAGAUAGACGCUCAAAAAUUUCAGCAGCUAUCGCGCUAAUAGUUGACGGAUAAGAAUCUAAGCGGCGCUCCCGGCAUAAAUAACCGAAUCGACUCGCAUGCGGAGGAGAUUCGUAGAUCGAUUGAUAACACGAGCGCUUACGUAACCCUCAAAGGACAAGCCGUCCUUGAGAACUGUGCAGAGUCCGAACCGCGCGCGCGCGCGCGCGCGCAGCUACCGCGAACGCAACCGAAGGAGCGCGAGAGAGUGCAGCCGAUGCAGACGAGAGAGAGAGAGAGAGAGAGAGAGGACUGUUUGAAGAAGUCACGCCGAGGUAUACAUACAUGUACAUACACAGGCAGCAGCGCGGCAAGCAGUGCCGCGUAGAAAUUGGUCGGACGUUAUCUCGCGGCCAUUUUCGAGCGCCGAAGGCAGAAGCUCAGAAAUAGCGGCGAGAGAGAAGAUAAAGAAAGAGGGAGAGGAGGAGAGGAGGAGGAGCGGCUCGAGCUUGGCGACAACACAUCCGAAGUAACGAAAGCCGCCUCGGAAUCAGAUGCGCGAACGGAACGCACACGGCGGCCGAUUUCGUGAGGUAGAACAGGAAGUGACAUAGCACGGGACGUCCGGGAUUUUGUAGAUAAUGAGUGCGAGCAGGAAAUAUCGUGCGGUUAACCGAACUUUGUGAUUUGAGCGUUCAGUGAAUGGCGGCGGCUCUCUCUCGCCGCGAAACGGAAUAUUCAGACUCGCGAGCGACGAGGCAGCUCUGCCUCGCCUCGCCGCGCCGCGCCGCGCCGCGCCGCGCCGCGAGAGAACGAAACUAAAACGAAAGUAAAACCAAACUAAAACUGCGCGCGAGUUCCUCCCCCCUCUGAUAACGGCUGUCCCUUCGGGGAAAUAGAGAUUGCUCAUUGCUAUUCAUUCGUCGCUCCUGUUUAUUAUUUCAACUUGCGUUCCUCCGUGCGGAAUCGACAGCGAAUCGCCAACGAAUCGCUCGGAGGGAGCACUUAUCCUCCCGGUACUUCGGCAACUUACAAAACGUGUACUUUAUUUGUGUGUGUCCACGCGUCUCAUUACGAUCGCAAUUACCGCUGAUUGUACUCUGUGAUAAUUAUUAUUUAAUAUCCGCGCGCGCGCGCAGGUGUUAUUGCGUGUUUAAUUUUAUUGCGACGUUUCGUUCUCCCUUUAAUGCUCGUAAUUGACUUACGUAUUCUCUCAGAGCGCGACUGCCGCGCGAGCGCGCGUUUCGGGGUUCCGGCGACGUCGAGGUCGAGGGUUUCCUCGCGGAAUUUCCGUCGCGGGGCGUCCCAACCAAACACGCGCGCCCGAGCCCGACGCGAUUUCCGACGACUCGAUUUUGCAGUGCCAAAAUGCCACCCAAUGCUCUCUCGCUCCCCUUCCCACCCGCGCGCGAUUCCUUUAAUCUCGCAAUUUUAAACAAAAUCCCCGCCCGCGUACCCUCCGCUCCGCCCCGCCCCGCUCCGCCGCCGGGAACAAAAAGGAUUCAUUCAUCUGCGAAGAAACCAAUCAAUAUUCAUGACCGAAACGAAAUCUAGCUUUCCCAAUUUAUCGACGUACAAUCAAUCCGGCGCUUUUAUAUCGCGACGCGGAUCAACCCGAUCCGUUUUUACAGCAAACACACACACACACACACACACACAUACACACUACAAAGCACCAUAAUGCGCCAGAUCGAACCGAGCCGGCACCGUCGGGCGCUUUCGUGCGUCCAGGACGGUUAUAAGUCGCGUCAGGAAACGAGCCAAUCGCGGACGAACGCGAAUCUACAAUUAAUAUGACAUUAGGGGGGACCUGGCCGCGGGGGAAGAAAUCUAAAAUGACACGAAAUUACACGCGGUCGUCGCCAACGACAAAAAAAGAGAACGAGGCAAGAGGGGGCGGCAUCGGGGCGGGAAACGAACGAGGGGGCCCCCCUGACUAUUCAAAUAACCGGCGUUCUCGUGGCGGCAAAGCGAAACCGGCACUUUCGAAGCACCGUUCUUCCACGGCAACGAAGCAGCGACCGACGGACGAAGUUCGGCCAGCUGAUUAAUAUCGACGAGCGAUGCAAAGCGACGCGACGGCCCCGAAAAUUGCACGACACCGGCCGAUCAUUUGCGAGCGACAACAACACACGCUGGACUGGACUCGCCGCUCGUAUCCCGGUGGGAAAGUCACGCGCGUGUGUGUGUGUGUGUGUGUGUGCGCGUGUGUGCGUGUGUGCGUGUAUGUAUGUGUAUGCGAUACUUCGGGAGACGGCGAAAGUGAGUAAGAGGGGAAAAGUGAGCGAAGGGGGAAAGGAAGAAUGAAAAAGAAUGACACGUCGCGGAAUGGCAGCCUCGUUUCGCAAA